AUGUCUGCCUCACUCCGCCCCCGAAUCUGUUGGGACCUCGAGUGGGGUCCCCCGCCACGUAGCGGCAUGACCACUGCUUAUGUGUGGAACCACCCAGCCCCAGACCUCCCCAUCCUCACCACCUACGAGGCUAGGGGGCCUGGCCUCUUCAGCAGUGACCCACAACUCAGGGCCGUGGUCUGUGCCCAGCCAGGCCUAGGGACCACAGCCUUCCAAGCUGAGGCAGCAGUUAGGAGGCUGCGGAGGUCAAUGCAGGACAAAGGUGGUGGUGGCCGAGAGGAGACGUGCAGCCCCCUCUCAGCUUCAUGCCCCUCCUGGCUAGCACCAGGUACCCCUCUGUUGGCCUCCACCCACAAUGACGUGUCACCAUAUUUCAAGACAGAGCCAGUGCGGACACAGGUGCACCUGGAGGGGAACCGCCUGGUGCUCACCUGCAUGGCUGAGGGCAGCUGGCCCCUGGAGUUCAAGUGGCUCCAUAACAACCGAGAGCUGACCAAGUUCUCCCUGGAGUACAGGUACAUGAUCACCAGCCUGGACCGCACCCAUGCUGGUUUCUACCGCUGCAUCGUUCGGAACCGGAUGGGCGCUCUGCUGCAGCGGCAAACCGAGGUCCAGGUGGCCUACAUGGGGAAUUUUGAGGAGGGCGAGAAGCGCCAGAGCGUCUCCCACGGAGAAGCUGCCGUCAUCCGCGCACCACGCAUCGCCAGCUUCCCCCAGCCGCAGGUGACCUGGUUCCGAGAUGGCCGCAAGAUUCCACCCAGCAGUCGCAUAGCCAUCACACUGGAGAACACCCUUGUCAUCCUGUCCACGGUGGCUCCCGACGCAGGUCGCUAUUACGUCCAGGCUGUUAAUGACAAGAACGGGGAUAACAAGACCAGCCAGCCUGUCACUCUCGCUGUGGAGAAUAUAGCGGGACCCGCGGACCCCAUCGCCCCCAGCAUCAUCAUCCCUCCCAAGAACACCAGUGUAGUGGUUGGUACCUCGGAGGUGACCCUGGAGUGUGUGGCCAAUGCCAGGCCCCUGAUCAAGCUGCACAUCAUUUGGAAGAAGGACGGGGUGGUGGUGUCGGGGGGCGUCAGCGACUACAGCCGCCGGCUCACCAUCCCCAACCCCACGGGCAGUGACGCCGGCUACUACGAGUGCGAGGCUGUCCUGCGCAGCAGCAGCAUCCCCGCUGUCACCCGGGGGGCCUACCUGUCUGUGUUAGAGCCACCUCAGUUUGUCAAGGAGCCAGAGAGACACAUCACAGCAGAGAUGGAGAAAGUGGUGGACAUUCCCUGUCGGGCCAAAGACUUACUGUCUCUGCUUACAGGCAUCGCCCCCAACAUCACCAGGGGCCCCCUGGACAGCACAGUGAUUGACGGCAUGUCGGUGGUGCUGGCCUGUGAGACCUCAGGGGCUCCCCGGCCGGCCAUCACGUGGCAGAAAGGGGAGCGCAUCCUGGCCAGCGGCUCCGUCCAGCUGCCCCGAUUCACGCUGCUGGAGUCGGGCAGCCUGCUCAUCAGCCCCACACACAUCUCCGAUGCCGGCACCUACGCCUGCCUGGCCACCAACUCCCGGGGGGUCGACGAGGCCUCGGCAGACCUGGUCGUGUGGGCCCGGACCCGAAUCACCAAGCCCCCGCAGGACCAGAGUGUCAUCAAGGGCACCCAGGCCUCCAUGGUGUGUGGUGUGACCCAUGACCCCCGAGUGACCAUCAGGAAUGGGCACUCUUCUGCCAGCCCAAUGAGGCUGGACCCCUGCUGGGGCAGGGACGCCCCCUGGACUGUGCUCCUGGCCAGUGUGGACCCCGAGGCAACCUCAGUGAUGGUCAAGGGCUUGGUUCCUGCGCGGUCCUACCAGUUCCGACUCUGUGCUGUCAACGACGUGGGGAAAGGCCAGUUCAGCAAGGACACAGAGAGUUCCCAUAAGCUUGAGUCUCUCUGGCUUUGGCAAAGCCACCAGAACGGCCUCCUCAGGGGCUACAUCAUCAGGUACUGCCUGGCCGGGCUGCCCGUUGGGUACCAGUUUAAAAACAUCACAGAUGCUGAUGUCAACAACCUGCUGCUAGAGGACCUCAUCAUCUGGACCAACUACGAGAUCGAGGUGGCCGCCUACAACAGCGCCGGGCUGGGUGUCUACAGCAGCAAAGUCACCGAGUGGACGCUGCAGGGAGUGCCCACCGUCCCUCCGGGCAACGUGCAUGCAGAAGCCACCAAUUCCACGGCCAUCCGCUUCACCUGGAACGCCCCCAGCCCCCAGUUCAUCAACGGCAUCAACCAAGGCUACAAGCUUAUCGCCUGGGAGCCAGAGCAGGAAGAGGAGGUUACCAUGGUGACCGCCCGGCCCAACUUUCAAGACAGCAUCCAUGUGGGCUUCGUGUCGGGCCUGAAGAAGUUCACUGAAUACUUCACCUCGGUGCUGUGCUUCACCACCCCUGGAGACGGGCCUCGCAGCACCCCCCAGUUGGUGCGCACCCACGAGGAUGUGCCUGGGCCUGUGGGACACCUGAGCUUCAAUGAAAUCCUGGACACCUCGCUGAAGGUCAGCUGGCAGGAGCCCGGGGAGAAAAACGGCAUCCUGACAGGGUACCGGAUCUCCUGGGAGGAGUAUAACAGGACCAAUACCCGCGUGACCCACUACCUGCCUAACAUCACCCUGGAGUACCGGGUCACAGGCCUCACCGCGCUUACCACCUACACCAUCGAGGUGGCUGCCAUGACCUCGAAGGGCCAGGGCCAGGUGUCCGCCUCAACCAUCUCCUCUGGGGUGCCUCCAGAACUCCCAGGGGCCCCCACCAACCUGGGUAUCUCCAACAUCGGCCCCCGCUCUGUGACCCUGCAGUUCAGACCCGGCUACGAUGGGAAAACUUCCAUCUCUCGCUGGCUGGUGGAGGCCCAGGUGGGCAUCGUUGGGGAGGGAGAGGAGUGGCAGCUGAUCCACCAGCUCUCCAACGAGCCUGACGCCCGCUCCAUGGAAGUGCCUGACCUCAACCCCUUCACCUACUACAGCUUCCGCAUGCGCCAGGUGAACAUCGUGGGCACCAGCCCACCCAGCCAGCCUUCCCGAAAGAUCCAGACCCUCCAGGCACCCCCUGACAUGGCGCCAGCCAACGUGACCUUGCGCACGGCCAGUGAGACCAGCCUGUGGCUCCGCUGGAUGCCCCUCCCAGAAAUGGAAUACAAUGGGAACCCCGAGUCUGUGGGCUACAAGAUCAAGUACAGCCAGUCCGAUGGCCACGGCAAGACGCUGAGCCACGUGGUCCACGACCGCGUGGAGCGGGAGUAUACCAUCGAGGACCUGGAGGAGUGGACCGAGUACCGUGUGCAGGUCCAGGCCUUCAACGCCAUCGGCAGCGGGCCCUGGAGCCAGAUGGUGCUGGGCAGGACCCGGGAGUCAGUCCCUUCCUCUGGCCCCACCAACGUGUCAGCGCUGGCCACCACCUCCAGCAGCAUGCUGGUGCGCUGGAAUGAGAUCCCCGAAGCCGAUCGAAACGGGCUUGUGCUGGGCUAUAAGGUGAUGUAUAAGGAGAAGGACUCUGAUGCCCAUCCCCGCUUCUGGCUGGUGGAAGGGAAUUCCUCGCGCAGCGCCCAGCUCACAGGCUUGGGCAAAUACGUGCUCUACGAGGUCCAGGUGCUGGCCUUCACACGCAUGGGCGAUGGCAGCCCCAGCCACCCACCCAUCCUGGAGCGGACGCUGGAUGACGUCCCAGGACCACCCAUGGGCAUCCUGUUCCCGGAGGUGAGGACCACAUCAGUGCGGCUCAUCUGGCAGCCCCCCGCCGCCCCCAAUGGCAUCAUUCUUGCUUACCAGAUCACACAUCGGCUCAACACCACCACAGCUAACACCGCCAACGUGGAGGUGCUGGCCCCCAGCGCCCGCCAGUACACGGCCACCGGCCUCAAGCCAGAGGCCGUCUACCUGUUCCGCAUCACGGCCCAGACCCGCAAGGGCUGGGGAGAGGCCGCUGAGGCUUUGGUGGUGACCACAGAGAAGAGAGCCCGCCCGCAGCCACCCAGCAAGCCGGUGGUGCAGCAGGAGGACGUGAAGGCACGCAGCGUGCUGCUGUCCUGGGAGCCGGGCAGCGACGGGCUGUCCCCUGUGCGCUACUACACCGUGCAGAUGCGCGAGCUGCCCAGCGGCCGGUGGGCGCUGCAUUCGGCCUCCGUCAGCCACAACGCCUCCUCCUUCGUGGUGGACAGACUCAAGCCCUUCACAUCCUACAAGUUCCGGGUGAAGGCAACCAAUGACAUUGGGGACAGUGAGUUCAGUGAGGAGUCGGAAUCACUGACCACCCUGCAGGCCGCCCCCGACGAAGCACCCACCAUCCUCUCGGUGACGCCCCACACCACCACCUCCGUGCUGAUCCGCUGGCAGCCGCCCGCCGAGGACAAGAUCAACGGCAUCCUCCUGGGCUUCCGGAUCCGCUACCGCGAGCUGCUCUCCGACGGGCUGAGGGGCUUCACGCUGCGCAGCGUCCAAAACCCGGGCGCCAAGUGGGCGGAGCUCACCUCCAUGUACUCCACGCGGAACCUGAGCCGGCCCAGCCUCACGCAGUACGAGCUGGACAACCUGAACAAGCACAGGCGCUAUGAGAUCCGGAUGAGUGUGUACAACGCAGUGGGCGAGGGGCCCUCCAGCCCACCCCAGGAGGUCUUUGUCGGGGAGGCAGUGCCGACUGCAGCGCCCCAAAAUGUGGCCGUCCAUGGCGCCACAGCCACGCAGCUGGAUGUGACAUGGGAGCCGCCCCCGCUGGAGAGCCAGAACGGAGACAUCCAGGGCUACAAGAUAUAUUUCUGGGAAGCCCAGCGGUGGAAUCUCACGGAGCGGGUGAAGACGCUUUUCCUGGCCGAGACCAGCGCAAGGCUCAAGAACCUGACCGGCUACACGGCCUACGUGGUCAGCGUGGCGGCUUUCAAUGCUGCAGGGGAUGGGCCACGGAGCACCCCCACCCAGGGCCAGACCCAGCAAGCAGCCCCCAGCGCGCCCAGCUCCAUCAAGUUCAGCGAGCUGACCACGACCUCGGUGAACGUGUCCUGGGAGGCCCCACAGUUCCCCAACGGCAUCCUGGAGGGCUACAGGCUGGUGUAUGAGCCCUGCACGCCCGUGGAUGGAGUCAGCAAGAUUGUGACCGUGGAUGUGAAGGGGAACAGCCCCCUGUGGCUGAAGGUAAAGGACCUCGCAGAGGGAAUGACCUACAAGUUCCGCAUCAGAGCCAAGACUUUCACCUACGGGCCGGAGAUCGAAGCCAACGUCACCACGGGCCCAGGAGAAGGUGCCCCGGGACCGCCUGGCGUGCCCAUCAUCGUCCGGUACAGCUCUGCCAUCGCCAUCCACUGGUCUAGCGGAGACCCCGGCAAGGGGCCCAUCACCCGCUAUGUCCUAGAGGCCAGGCCUUCAGAUGAGGGGCUCUGGGACAUCCUCAUCAAAGACAUCCCCAAAGAGGUGACCUCCUACACGUUCAGCAUGGACAUCCUGAAGCCGGGUGUGAGCUAUGACUUCCGGGUCAUUGCAGUCAACGACUACGGCUUUGGCACCCCCAGCAGCCCCUCCCAGUCUGUGCCAGAUACAAGCAGUAGGGUCAUGGAGGACCCCAGCCACAUGCCCAGAUACCCCCGGGAGCCUGCCCUGCUGGCUUCUUCGCCCACUGUCCUCACCCUUGCUUCCGGGCUCAGGAGACCAGCCUCUAGUUCACAGCCCAGGGCCGCCCAGUGCCCAAGGCCCCUGACCUGGGGGUCUCCUCCGAGGCCCAGCCCGGGCAGCCUCCACUACUCGGACGAGGAUGUCACCAAGUACAACGACCUCAUCCCCGCCGAGAGCAGCAGCCUGACAGAGAAGCCCUCAGAAAUCUCUGACUCUCAGGGAAGCGACAGCGAGUAUGAAGCGGACCCGAACCACCAGAAGGCCCACUCCUUUGUCAACCACUACAUCAGCGACCCCACCUACUAUAACUCCUGGCGGCGGCAGCAGAAAGGCAUCUCCCGGGCCCAAGCGUACAGCUACACGGAGAGCGACUCAGGCGAGCCGGACCACACCACCCUUGCCAACAGCAACAGCACCCAGCAGGGCAGUCUCUUCCGGCCCAAGGCCAGUCGGACUCCAACGCCCCAGAACCCCCCUAACCCCCCGAGUCAGCAGAGCACCCUCUACCGACCCCCCAGCAGCCUCGCCCCUGGCUCCCGGGCCCCUAUAGCAGGAUUUUCUUCAUUCGUGUGA